AUGCCUCCGGUCACAAUUCAUUGCGUGCGCCAUGCUCAAGGCUUCCACAACACCAGCGUCGCAAAUCAUGCCAUUCAUGACCCAAUGCUCACACAACUCGGCGAGGAACAAUGCAAAGCUCUUCAAGCCAACUUUCCCUUCAUGGACCGUGUCGACGGCGUCGUAGCAUCUCCUCUAAAGCGUACCGUGUAUACAGCUCUCCACUCAUUCACACCGGCCAUCAAGAACAAGCACUUGAAAGUGUACGCUCUACCGGAGCUCCAAGAGACAUCCGACCUGCCUUGUGACACAGGAAGCGAUGUUAGGGUGCUCGAGUCCGAGUUCAAGGGUCAGCCAGUCGACUUGAGCUACAUGUACACACCUCAAGCCAAGGCUUGGAACAACAAGACCGGCAAGUGGGGUGCAACUGCUUCAGCCGUCGACGACCGAGCAAGAAUCGCCAGAGAGUGGUUGUACAACCGUCCUGAGAAGGAGAUUGUCGUUGUUACUCACGGUGGUUUCCUCCACUACUUCACCGAAGAUUGGAUGGAUACGCACAAAAUGGAUGGUACUGGCUGGUACAACACCGAGUAUCGUUCAUACAACUUUGGCAACAACCCUAGAAGCGGUCGAGUCAUACUCGUCGAGACCGAACAAAGCCGCGCACGACGUUCGGGAAACGACCAGCCGCUCAGCAGAGAAGAGCAGUCCAACUUGCACCGUACCGAGUCAAAGCAAAAGGCCGAAGAGGAGAAGGCCUACCAAAAAGCAAGCAGCAUUCAAGCAAAGGUAUAA